AUGCCGCCUUCCGGGCUGCGGCUGCUGCCGCUGCUGCUGCCUCUGUUACGGCUGUUAGUGUUGACGCCGGGCCGGCCGGCCGCGGGACUGUCCACCUGCAAGACCAUCGACAUGGAGCUGGUGAAGCGGAAGCGCAUCGAGGCCAUCCGCGGCCAAAUUCUAUCCAAGCUGCGGCUCGCCAGCCCCCCGAGUCAGGGGGAGGUGCCGCCCGGCCCGCUACCCGAGUCUGUACUCGCCCUCUACAACAGUACCCGCGACCGAGUGGCCGGGGAGAGCGCGGAGCCCGAACCUGAGCCAGAGACGGACUACUACGCCAAGGAAGUCACCCGCGUGCUAAUGGUGGAAAGCGGCAACAAAAUCUAUGAGAAACUCAGCCAUGCCCCUCACAGCUUAUAUAUUCUCUUCAACACAUCGGAGAUUCGAGAAGCAGUAUCUGAAUCUGUAUUGCUUUCUCGGGCGGAGUUGCGUCUGCUGAGGCUUAAGUUAAAAGUGGAGCAGCGUGUGGAACUGUACCAGAAAUAUAGCAACAAUUCUUGGCGUUACCUCAGCAACAGGCUGCUGACCCCCAGCGACUUUUCGGAGUGGCUGUCCUUUGACGUCACUACAGUUGUGCGGCAGUGGCUGGACCAAGGAGGGGACAUAGAGGGCUUUCGCCUCAGUGCUCACUGCUCCUGUGAUGACAAGGACAACAAACUCCAUGUGGAAUUCAAAGGGCUCAGUAGCAACAACCGAAGGGGUGACCUGGCGACCAUUCACAGCAUGCACCGGCCCUUCCUGCUCCUCAUGGCUACCCCACUGGAGAGGGCUCAGCACCUGCAUAGCUCUCGGACACGGCGGGCACUAGACACCAACUACUGCUUCAGCUCCACAGAGAAGAACUGUUGCGUGCGGCAGCUGUACAUCGACUUUCGCAAGGACCUGGGCUGGAAGUGGAUCCACGAGCCCAAGGGUUACCACGCCAACUUCUGUCUGGGGCCGUGCCCCUACAUCUGGAGCCUGGACACCCAGUACACCAAGGUUUUGGCCCUUUACAACCAGCACAACCCGGGCGCGUCGGCAGCGCCGUGCUGCGUGCCGCAGGCGCUGGAGCCGCUGCCCAUCGUGUACUACGUGGGCCGCAAGCCCAAAGUGGAGCAGCUGUCCAACAUGAUCGUGCGUUCCUGCAAGUGCAGCUGA